AACAGCUUUGAUCGAUAUCCCUUUGCGACUCAUUCACAACUUCAAGGGCUUUACAAUUGGGAAAAGGACGGAAACCUAAAAACCCUAAUUUCCUUCUUUUUAAUUCGGGGACACCAGCCCUUCCGACCUUCUCUCUGCCGGGGCACCGAAACAGGUCCGCGGCCACGUUCUCACCUUUGGCAGUAAACUCCGACUCCUGACGGACACCCAGCACACGGCAGAUCCGGCGGCGCGGGCGGCGUUGAUAGACCCUCGAACGACCAGCUGCGAACAGGGAGACCCACAGCAGCGGGACCUCUCAAUCUGCGACGGUGAGCCUAAAUCUGACAGCCGCGGCUCCUACCCACAACCCUUACAAACCCUCCACGCCUAUUUCGAUCAUCGGAGAGUUUGAGAGAUAGUUUAUUCAAUUCGUUCUUUCUUGUUUUCAAUUGUGGAAUCUGCUUUAAAGUUUAUUCAAUUCGUUCUUUCUUGUUUUCAAUUGUGGAAUCUGCUUUAAAUCCUUCUGGUCUUACUCGUACACAAUGACAGAUACAGGUGAAAAUCAGCAGCCUGAACAAGUCUGUAGCUUCUUCAAAAAACCCACAAAGAACAAAAACAUUAGAAAGCGGACGGUUGAUGAAGAUGAAGAGGACUCUAAAAGUAGUGAGACUUCGGUGCUGCAAAAUCAGAAAAAAGCCCCCAAGACAGAUAGCAAACUUUAUUUUUCUUCUGGGCCUUCUAAAAGUAACUUGACUAAUGAGUCAAAUGUGGAAUCUGAUAAACCAAUUUUCCAAUUUGAGUCUUCAAAAGAAAUUCAAGUUCACCAUGACAGCAGAGCCACUGCAACAUUAGAAACAGAGACUGAUUUCUCAAGAGAUGCACGAGCCAUACGUGAGAGAGUUUUGAAGCAAGCUGAGGAGGCUUUAAAGGGCAAAGGCAAGAGUUCUGGGGGUGAGAAGUUGUAUAAAGGGGUCAAUGCUUAUGUGGAUUACAAGGCUGGCUUUAGAAGGGAACAUACAAUUUCAAGUGAAAAAGCUGGUGGAGCUCAUGGGCCGCUUAGAGCUUCUGCUCAUAUAAGAGCUUCAGCGAGAUUUGAUUAUCAGCCUGAUAUUUGCAAGGAUUACAAGGAGACUGGUUACUGUGGUUAUGGAGAUGCAUGCAAGUUUAUGCAUGACCGAGGAGAUUACAAGUCUGGGUGGCAGUUGGAAAAGGAAUGGGAGGAAGUGGAAAAGGCAAGGAAGAGAAAACUAGCCAUGAAAUCUGAUGACGGUGAUGAGGAUGCUGCAGAACAGAGUGAUGAAGAUGAGGAAGAUGCCUUGCCCUUUGCUUGUUUUAUUUGUCGUGAGCCAUUUGUGGAUCCUGUAGUGACCAAAUGCAAACAUUACUUCUGUGAGCAUUGUGCACUAAAGCACCAUGCAAAGAAUAAGAAAUGCUUCGUUUGCAAUCAGCCUACACUUGGAAUCUUUAACACGGCUCAUGAGAUAAAGAAGAAGAUGGCAGAGAGUAAGUAAGUUUUUUUUUUUUUCCUUGACCUGCAUUGGUCCCUUGCCAGUCUUCUUUUAAUUUGUAGCAAAAUUAUCUUUCUCUUGCUUAUUUUUUUAUGAGAAAGUCCAGUUUUCAAUAUCUACUUCUUGAUGAAGCUUAAAUUCAUGCCCUGCUACAAUAAGAGCUUGGAGAAUCUUGGAUAACAUUUCUGGAAAUGUGGGAAUAUGUCAGUGUAGAAGUAGUCCAUGAUGAAUUUAUUUCUGAAUUUCAUCCUCGGUAAUGGAUUAUCUUUCUGUAAAUAUCCCUGAAGCCCCUCAAUCUACUUGUGUUCCCCCCGUUUGAAACUGAAAACCACCACUCUGACUUUAUAACAUUUUCCCCCCUUAGAAGUUCAUGAAAUAGAUAGAUGGUCAGAAGUGGUUUUUAACUAGGACCUUUUGUUGAACUCAUAAGUGGUUUUAAUUAUUCAAUCUUAAUUCCGGAUGGUAUCAA